CCAAAAAGAAAAAAAAGAUGAAGGUGCAAUUUUUCAUCCUUCUUUUGAUAAUCUCAUGGCUUACACAGAAGAUUACUUGUGUUCCUCAAGAAUCUCGAGUACUAGAUAGAAGUAGUUUUCCUGAUGAUUUUAUUUUUGGAACUGCUAUAUCAGCCUUUCAGAGUGAAGCUGCUACAAGUGAAGGUGGAAAAUCGCCAACUAUUUGGGAUUACUUUAGCCACACAUUUCCAGAAAGAACCAAUAUGCAUAAUGGAGAUGUGGCCGCCGAUUUUUAUCAUCGUUAUAAGGAUGACAUCAAACUGAUGAAAGGGUUAAACAUGGACGCUUUUAGAUUUUCGAUUUCGUGGGCCAGACAAAUACCUAGUGGAAAGGUAAAAGAUGGAAUAAACAAAGAAGGUAUACAAUUCUACAAGGCUCUUAUAGACGAACUUAUUGCUAAUGGCAUUCAACCUUCAGUGACUCUCUAUCAUUGGGACCACCCUCAAGCUCUUGAGGACGAGUAUGGUGGUUUUUUAAGCCCUCAAAUAAUAGAUGAUUUUCGAAAUUUCACAAGAGUUUGUUUUGAAAAUUUCGGAGACAAAGUUAAGAUGUGGACAACUAUCAACGAGCCUUAUGUCAUAAGUGUUGCGGGCUAUGAAACAGGCAACAAAGCGGUUGGAAGGUGCUCAAAAUGGGUGAAUAGCCGGUGUCAAGCCGGUGACUCAGCUGUUGAGCCUUACAUUGUAUCACAUCACCUUCUUCUUUCCCAUGCUGCAGCAGUACAAGAGUUCCGAAAUUGUAACAAGACUUUACAAGAUGAUAAGAUUGGGAUAGUGCUAUCGCCUUGGUGGAUUGAGCCUUCCGACUCAACUUCUUUUACUGACAAAGAAGCUGUUGAACGAGGCCUUGCCGUAGAGGUAGAUUGGCAUUUACAUUCGGUGAUUUACGGAGAUUAUCCAGAAAUAAUGAAAAAGCAUGUUGGGCAUAAACUCCCUUCUUUCACACCAGAGGAAUCAAAGAUGUUGAUAAAUUCUUCAGAUUUCAUCGGAGUAAAUUAUUAUAGCGCACGCUUCACCGCUCAUCUUCCUCGCAUUGAUCCUGGUCGGACCCGAUUCAGAACUGAUCAUCAUUAUGAGAAGAGAGUAACAAAUCAUAGUAACCACCAAAUCGGACCAGGGGAAGAGUGAGGCAUAAUACACUCGUACCCAGAAGGUUUACGAAGACUUCUUAACUACAUCAAAGAUAAAUAUAAUAACCCUAUCAUCUAUAUAAAAGAGAACGGAGUUAAUGACUACGAUGAUGGUUCAAAAUCACGGGAAGAUAUGCUCAAUGACACAUUUAGGAUAAGCUACCAUAAGGACCAUCUUAAACAACUUCACAAAGCUAUAAUAGAUGAUGGGUGUGACGUCAGAGGAUAUUACAUCUGGUCUUUACUAGACAACUUCGAGUGGGAGUUUGGAUACUCAACCAGAUUUGGUCUGUACUAUGUUGACUACC